AUGGACAGUCGCGUCCUCGAGCAUCAUCCGCACGCCCACUUCGGAGGCUCCUUGGGCGGGCUGGUGGGCUUCCCGUACCCGCUCGGUCCUCACCACCACCACCACCAUCACCACCACCAGCACCAUCAGCAGCAGCACCACCAUCACUCCCAGCCGCACGUCUACGAGCUCGCGGGCGGGCACCAGCUCCCAUCCGCGGCCGCCGUCCCCUUCUCCAUAGACGGAUUACUUAACGGCGCCUGCUCAGCCUCGGUGGUCAGCUCCAGCGGGCUCUUGUCGCCCGACGGACAGUACAAACUCUCCGAUUCCGGGGACCCGGACAAAGAAAGUCCUGGUUGCAAACGGAGAAGAACCAGGACCAACUUCACCGGCUGGCAGCUGGAGGAGCUGGAAAAGGCCUUCAACGAGAGCCACUAUCCGGACGUCUUCAUGCGGGAGGCACUGGCCCUCAGGCUCGACCUAGUGGAGUCCAGGGUUCAGGUUUGGUUCCAGAAUCGACGUGCUAAGUGGAGGAAGAAGGAAAACACGAAGAAAGGGCCUGGGCGGCCUGCGCACAACUCCCAUCCGACCACAUGCAGCGGCGAGCCCAUGGACCCCGAGGAGAUCGCGCGGAGGGAGCAGGAGCGCGCAGAGAAGAAGAAGCGCAAACAAGAGCGGAAGCUGCUCAAGUCGCAGAACAAACUUCUGCAAGGGGACAGCUUCCACACGCCCGGCGGUUCCGAGAGCGACAGCGGCGUGUCGCAGUUCACCGACAGCGAGCAGCAGCCUUGUUCAGGCCCGAACGGGAAUAUUCACAUGGAACUUCCCCAGAUGACUAGAGGCGCCGAAGAAGGAGGACACCAAACCGAACCCAGCUGUGACCAAACCCGACACGACUUCAACCCCCAAAACCAAAGAAGAGAAUCAGAGCAGGUUUCUCCGGGCAGUACGCACAGCUCUGGUAACACUGCAGGUCCGAGAUCCUCGGCCUUGCAGAAGCGCAACCCUUUCAGCGUCGAAAGCCUUCUCUCGGACGCCGCGCCUCGACGGAAGCCACAUCUGGACUUCUCCUCUCUGCCCACUCAGAGGACACUGGUGGGUAAAGGGCACUUCUUGCUUUACCCCAUUACCCAUCAGCCCCUCGGGUUUCUUGUGCCACAAACAGCCUUGAAGGCGGCGCCGUGUCAGGAGAACAUCAAUGGGCUCCAUCUGGGACACAGCCUCCAACAGACUCCCACUGACCUCUCUUGCGGUCUUACUAAGCCUACAACCACGGAUCAUAAAACACACCACCAUAACAGUCCUGAUAGCAAUAGAGGCGACACCGAGGAGCAUGCUGGCGACUGCGGUGCGCUUUCCGUCUGUCGGACGUCUCCGGGGUGCGUCGAUUCCGAAGAGACGGCAAGUUUGACAGUCCAAACAGAGGCCAAGCUGAUCAACGGCUGCCAAACUGAGGAACAGAGCGCCAAAGAGGAGCCAGCAUCGCCGGACCUCUCCGAGAGUCUGAGCGUAAACACAGACUGUAGAGAGGCGGCCGAAACAGACGGUGAAGACGUGGAUAUGGACUAAGUCACACUAAGGCGCCUUGCUCAGACACUGUCAGAAAUAAGGGCACAGUUGGAAUCCCUUUUGGUAAUCAAGGUACAGUCUACAUGUACCUCACAGAGCUGAUUGGUGGACUCAAUGGCCGCUAAAGCUACAGGAAUGUUCCCGAGCUGUCAAAGGCUCAAUGGAUACAAAAACCUUUAAGCUUUGGCAAGUUGUACUCCCUGGUGGUACAUUUUGUAUUGAGAGUGAACUGUUCAAACAUUCCCAAAGCUCUGCAUACAGUAGAUGCUUGCAAACAUAUCAGGAAUAGACGCAUUUCCACCUAGCCGUGCAGUUCAGUUCGCUGUGGUACAGUCUGGAAUGGUACAACCCUGAUCAAGUGCACUGUAAAACAGCAUAAAGGCAUUAUAGUAGUGCAACAAAAGCCUCUAGUGCACAGAAAUUUGUCAAAAUAGCUGCGUCAAUUGUGUGUUGACCCAAUUUUACAAAGCCCUGGCAAAGCGCUUUCAUACAGAACUCUGCAAAAGUAGAACAUUUGCUGCAAUUAUGUCAAACUUAGUCAAUUUCACCAAGAUUUUGCCGCAAUUAUGUGUUCCUAACGCCAGUUUUACACAGAUCUGGCAAAAAAACAAAAACACCUUUCAUACAGAACCCAGCGAAGGUGGCAUAUUGCCGCAAUUAUGAGCGACUAAGCAUGUUUCAUACAGAUCUGGCAAAAAACACACCUUAUAUACAAAACCGAGUAAAGGCGAAAUAUUGCUGCAAUUAUGUGGGAUUAAACCACUUUUACACAGAACUGGCAAAAAAAAACCCUUUCAGACAGAACCCACCAAAGGUGGAAUAUUGCCGAAAUUAUGUGCGAUUUAGGCAAUUUCACAAAGAUAUUGCUGCAAAUAUGUGUUACUAAUGGCAGUUGAACACAGAUCUGGCAAAAAACAAAAAAACACCUUUCACACAGAACCCAGCGAAGGUGGAAUUUUGCCGCAAUUAUGUGCAACUAAGUCACAUUCACAAAGAUCUGGCAAAAAUAAAUCCUAUAUACAGAACCCAGCAAAGGUGAAAUAUUGCUGCAAUUAUGUGGGAUUAACCAUUUUUACACAGAACUGGCAAAAAAAAACACCUUUCAUAAAGAACGUGGCAAAUGUGGAAUAAUGUCGAAAUUAUGUGUGACUAUGACAGUUUUUCACAGAUCUGGCAAAAAACACACCUUUCUUACAAAAACCCAGCAAAGGCUAAAUAUUGCCGCAAUUAUAUAUGCGAUUAACCCACUUUUACACAGAACUGGCAAAAAACCCCAACUUUCAUACAGAACCCGGCGAAUGUGGAAUUUUCCGAAAUUAUGUGCGACUUAGUCAAUUUCAUAAAGAUAUUGCCGCAAAUAUGUGUUACUAACGGCUGUUUUACACAGAUCUGGUAAAAAAAACCCCGACCUUUCAUACAGAACCCACCAAAGGUGGAAUUAUGCCGUAAUUAUGUGCGACUAAGUCACAUUCACAAAGAUUGGGCAAAAAACACACCCUACAUACAGAACCCAGUAAAGGCGAAAUAUUGCUGCAUUUAUGUGGGAUUAACCACUUUUACACAGAACUGGCAAAAAGACACCUUUCAUACAGUACCCGGCAAAUG